UUUAUAUUUUAUGUUUUUAAUGUGGCACGACUAUCAGCACUCUAAAGGGUUACUUUUGAGAAAUGAAUUAGGAUAUACUUUUAUCGAGCCAAAUAGACAAUUCUUGAUAUUUAAAUCAAAAUGUGGUAUGAAAUAUUUCCGACAGUGGCAAUAAUAGCAGCUGGUUUAGGAUUGCCACACGUUGCAACACAUUAUUUAUGUUUACAAGUUUAUGGAACUCCAAUGCGUAGAUUACUUGAGGAAGAAUGGGAUUUGCUUAUGUUUAUGAGAGAUUCACGUUUGUGUGAUAGACCACAAACUGCUGGAAAAAUGGGACUGGAGAAUAUACCUGAUGAUUGAGAAGUACAAACAUCCAUAUAUGAAACUAUUUAUCUGGAAUAGUAUCUUAGAUCUGCUAUGUAAAUAGAAGUAUCUAAUAUAAAAAAUAUACUAUAUAUAAAAAUAUAUUAUGCAUUAACUUUAUUUAGCAUGAUGUUAUUACUUGGCUUUAAUUUAAUAUUCAUAAAAAUAGAUUUAUGUACGAUAAGAUAAUAUUAGAUAAAAUAAAAAUAUUUUGAAUUAAUUAUAUUUCUUUACAAGUAAUUUUUUUUAUUUAUAGUAAUGUAAAUAUAUAAUAUAUGUGUAUUUUUUCAUUAUUAUAUAAUUUUCUAUAUAUGCAUCUUUAAUUGGAUUAUAAACUUUAAUCUUUUAUCGCUAGGUGGCGUUUCACUUUCAAACGUAUUCUAAAAAAAUAGAGUGUAUAUAUUUGAUUUUGAAAUAAAAUUUACAUUAGGUAUAGAUUUUUCAAAAUAAAAUUGAAUUGAUUGAUUGAUAAAUUAUGAAAUUAUAAUAUUUUGUUUAUAUACGUACAUGCAGAGUUACUACGAUCGUGUUUGAAUAUAUAUUUUUGUAUUAGUGUAGUUGUACAAUCAGUAGCUUACUUCGCCUUGUUUACAAUUGACGGUUUCAACGUUUGAAUAAGAUAAAAUAUUGUGAAAUAAAUUGACAAAAAUAACAAUCAAUAUGUCUUUAAAAACCAAACGUAUGCAAAAGAUUUUGGAUCCUAUUGAAAUACAAAUAAAUAAUUUGAAGCAUUCAAUAGGAAAUAGCAAAGCUGGAACAUCUGAUGUUUUAAAUAUAAAAUCAGUUUUUUGUGAUCAGUUACGUAUUUUAGCUGAAAAAUUUGAGAACUUAUCAAAGGAUGAUAUCACUGAUUAUCAAGAAAUGAAAACAAAAAUUGCUGAUACGGUUGAAGAGUUUUGUUUAUCGAAUGAAUUUGUCGCUAAUGAAUUGGUAGAAAAUAUUAAUAGUCAUACAAGCAAAGAUGCAAUAGGAACGUUAUUGGAAAAGUUUGCAAUGGCUUUAAAAGCUCUUGAAAACCUUGAAUGUUUACCAUUGAAACAGAGACUUCAAGAUUAUUUUGAUUAUGUUAAAGAAAUGGGUACUGUUAAUGAGAUUGAAGACUUUCAAAACAUAAAGGAACUAGGUACUUCUAUACUAGAAGUACUUGGACCAUUACAAAAAUACAGGAAAAAUUUAAUUUCAAAUUUAUUAUCAGAAAGAAUAGCAUUAUACACCUUCCAGAUACAUACAACAUUUAGUAUGUUAGUACAGCUGAUUCAGGAGCAACAUCAAUUAAAUGCAUCAAUUUACAAUUGCAAGAAAUAUAUAUGCGAAAGAAUGUGUCUUUGUUUCAAAUUAAUACUUGAAGUUUUGGAUGCACCAAAUCCAUCUUCGGAAGAUGAAACUAUAGAAAAAGAAAAUCAUUUUGUUUAUAGAAUGGAUUUGGUACUUGAUAUUAUAGCUGAAAUGUCAACGAAAACGCAAGAACAACAGAUCCUGGAAUGUACAGAAUUGUGGUGGGGUAUAGAAGAUAUAUUUUCACAUGCAAUGUCAAUUGCACAAAUGUGUCAACCCCAAAAUUUUGAAGCAAUAUCAGCAGCAUGUCAAUCCAUAAUGGGAGAAUAUGAAAAUUUAAAAUCGCAACUAUGUUCCGAAACUCCAGAUCCUAGCGUUAAUAAUCUCUUCAUGAAUACAUUGAAUGAUGCAUUAUAUCGCUUAGAACGCAAAGUCAAUAUUUCAGUGUUAAUGCUUGUUAUGGAAGUAUUUAGUGAUUCUUUUAAUGCUUUGAGAAAACUUGUUAUGACAUGUGGAAGUUCACUGACUGCUAAGAAAAGAUCUAAAAGCGACUUGCAUAGUGCUAUAGAAGAUUUUGAUCAACUUACGGAUAAAGCUAUGCAAAUUGGAAUAUUUGCUAAUGCAUGUUGCAGAGAUGUAGAGCGUGUCAACAAAAUUCGAAAUUGUUUGGCUGGUCUUGAAUCAUUGGAAAAUGAAUUAAUUGCUGCUAUCACUGCGUUUUACCUUCAUCCAGACAAUAAAGAAUUGCGUGCAAGUGUAAAACUUUUAACUUCUCAAUGGCAAUUAGAAAUGAAUAAAUUGCAUAAUACUGUAAAUCUAAUUAUUGAUUCUGCUGCUUAUUGUCAGGUAGUUUUAGACGAUCUUCAAGAGCGUAUACGUAUUAUGUCUGAUUGUUUUGACAAUAGAGAAGCUGUAACUCAACAACAAGUGCAAAGCAUUGUUUUACGAGCAGUUUCAUUGUCUAGUCAAUUAACUAUAACUGUAAAUGAUAUUGGAAGUGAUAAUAUUGACAGACAAACGAUCAUGAUGAUUCGAGAACUAAAAGCAGCUAUAUUCGAAACCGAUGCAAGUGCAAAAAAGCUUCUUGUAGAAAAUGCAACUGAACCACAACAACUGCGAGUUAUUAAAAGAUGUGAACUGAUAUUAAACGUAAUAAAACGAUUACAGCCUGCUUUAGUCACUGUUAUGAAUAAUUCAAUAUUAAUAAGUACUAAUUAUGGCAAAGCAAGUAUGGGACAAGGAGAUAUGCUUCAUGAUUCAAGUCUUAAUUAUCCUUCUACAGUAUACAGGUUGCCACAAGAUGAAAAAACUUUGACUUAUAUCAGAACACCAUACACAGUGCAAAAUUAUAAACCACCGCUAUCAAUACAACCAGCUAAUAGCGUACCUAGGACACAAGCAAAUUUAUCAUCUUUAAUUCCAUACAUAAAAGCUGGACGUAUCAUACGUAUGGAACAAACUAUAAUGUAUAAAACACCACAAAAAAUUAUAAAAGAUACAGAAGAUCACAGCACGAAAAAAAAAUUAAAAUCUAGAAAUUUAUUUAACAUUAGGCAACAUUUAUUUAGUAGAGAAAGUUUCAUGCCACAAAGUGAAAUUAAUUUUUCUUCUGAAACAAUAGAUUUAACAGACAUAUUAGAAAAAGUAACAAAAUUAUCUGAAACGUUAACUUCAUCGUUAUCGAUUUCAUGUAACACGAAAUUGCAAUAUAUUAAUUUGCCAGAUGAAGGGAAAAUUAGAACUUUAUCGGAUGAGUUGUGCAAUAUUAGAGUUUCAACAAUUAAAUCUUUCAAAGAUUUAAACAAAACUGCUGUGAAAGAAAAGUUAGAAGAAUCAUCUAUAAUAGGUGGUGGCGAUGCCCCGUCAAUCGAAACAGAAAAAUAUGAAGAUGUACAACGAUUAGAAAAAAAAAUGGAGAUCUUACAAAAACAAGUACUGAAAGAUUCAAGAGAAUAACAUUGAAUGAUUAAAAUGACAAAUGGUGCAACUAUAUUGUAAAUCCGUCCAGAGAGAAAAUGAGUAAAGGAAUAAGCAUAUACUAAAUGCUCAAGAUUCAACGCAACGAGACUGAAUAAAAAGAUAUAAUUAUUUUCAUAUGAAAACUGUUAUUAUGAAUAGGUAUACUUGACAACUUUAUUAACAUGCAGUAUUCAAAUGAAUUUUGUUGUUAUGUCAUAAUUAAAUAUCGUUCGACUUACAAAGAUUGUUAAUGGUGAUUGAAUUAAUGUUAUAGAUAAACAGUCUUUAAUAAAAAAAAUUUAUAUA